AUUCCUCGCUCGCAUCUCUUCACGAAGAUCGUCGAGUUGACCGGUGCACAGCAUCGGAUGACGUCAUCGUACCAUCCUCAGUGCAACGGUAUGGUAGAGCGGUUACAUCGACAGCUCAAGGCAGCCAUUAUGUGCCAUGCCAACCCACAAUGGACCGAGGUAUUACCAUUAGUACUCCUAGGUAUUAGGAGCGCAUGGAAGGAAGACCUUGGAUUAUCCAGUGCGGAGCUGGUCUACGGAGAAGCUUUGCGAUUACCGGGUGAAUUUUUCAACCCGCCUACUAAUGAUCGUGUUUCUGACCCGGCGUACUUCGCUGAUAGGCUUCGCAAUUAUAUGUCAGAGUUAUCUCCGACUCCAUCGUCGAGACGUGGUAAAACAGUGUUCUACAUUCCGAAGGAUUUAUCCUCCGCUGAUUACGUUUUCUUGCGUCGAGGAACAAUGAAAAGGUCAUUGGAACAACCAUACACUGGCCCAUACAAAGUCUUAGAACGUGGUGAGAAGAAUUUUAAACUUGAAGUGAAAGGCAAACCAAUGGCAGUAACCAUUGAUCGUUUAAAACCGGCUUAUAUCUUUCAACCUCAACAAGCCGAUUUGCCUUCUCAAACUUCUCAUCCUUCUCCACCUUCUCACCCUUCGCAAUCGUCUCAACCUUCUGUCACUACUCGUUCCGGUCGUAGGGUUCGCUUCCUCGUACCCUAUCAAGCUGCUUAGCAAAUAAUUUAUUAAUUUUUUUUAUUUUCUCUUCUUUUUCACUCCGUAGG